AUGAUCAAUAAGGCUGUAUCAAAUAUUGUUUCAAAUAAUAAUGGCCAAGUCUUUUUCAUCUCAUCUUGGGCGAACGAUAGUUCAUAUUCGGCUAAAGUAUGUCGUCUAUUGAUGAUUCAAACUACUAAUCCACUACAAGAAUGUGUGGAAAAUGCAUUGCUCUAUUCUAAAUUCAAUAAUCCAUUAGCUAUCAAUGAUGCAGCUAUAUAUUUGUUUACAACGGCUCUUGAACAAUCCUCAGCAGUGAUAAAUACAACAAGUUUACAAUUGGUUUGGAUCGAUCGUCAAUGGAUCGGAGCAGCCAACGAUUCAGCUUAUAAUAGUGAUGGUACUGGAAUUUAUUGGAUUGGAAACGAUGAUCAUUUUCGAAAAGUAGAUGGACGAGAUAAAAAAUUGCUGGAUGAAAAUAUGAAUUCCGGUGGAAGUCGACAUUAUGCUUUCGAUCGAUUUCAAGCUUUCAUUGUACAACCGUGGCUAAACAUCAGUGAGACAACGAAGACUCUAGUUGUUUCUGCUUGGAAUGUUCUACCAUCAGUAGGAUUUAAUUUAAUUUGGCAGUGGACGAAUUAUCGAGCAAACUCAAUUCGAUGUACUCAACCGGUUAUUGAUGAUCGCAUAGGUGUAACUUAUAUUGGUGCUCUUCCAUAUCUAAAUGCGAUUAAUAUCAAUGGAAGACUCCUAUGGCAAGCGCGGAUCACUUCCGAUGAAGAAAUCGAUCGAUUCAAUCUCAUUUCAAAUUGUUUAGCAUUGAACACUGAAACAAAAAUCAUCUAUGUUCUCAUUUCAUCUUCAUCUACUGAUCAGCCAGAAUAUUUAUCAAAUCUAUUCAUUGCUCGAAUUCGUGCCGAUGUUGGAAUGGUACUUACACGUAUCAAUGUCGAUGUUCCAUUGAAAUCAUCAAUUCUUGUACAGUGUCCAAUACUAAUCGACAACGACAUGCUCUUUCUUGCAUGGCUUGCUUCAACAGACUCCGAUAUAACUCAGCUCAGUAUCAACGGUUAUCCAUAA